GAAGCGGGAGAACCAGAUGAGGCAUUACGCAAGGCCUGCUGUUUACCUCCUGCACGGGGCCUCCUCCCUCCCUAUAAAUCCUGACGUCGUGGGGAGACGCGCCGAGACCGACCUGGACCAGAGACGCGAGAGGGGCAGACAGGCUGCGCAGAGUGAAUGAGGGCGGUGCAGCGGGGGGCGUCGAGUCAGUCCGCACCUCGAGAGGUCCGCCACCUGCGCGCUCGGAGGCGGCCGCGGUGGUCUCGGGAGCGGGUGCAUCCAGACGCGGGCUUCCCAUGGAGGCUUCCGAGCUGGGGCCGGGGCUGGUGGAGCGUCUGGAGCAGCUGGCGACUUGUCCGCUGUGCGGGGGCCCCUUCGAGGACCCAGUGCUGCUGGCAUGUGAGCACAGCUUCUGCCGCGCGUGCUUGGCGCGCUGCUGGGGGGCCCCGGAGGCGCCGGGCCCGGAGGCGACGCCCCCAGCCUGUCCCUGCUGCGGCCGGCCGUGUCCCCGCCGCAGCCUGAGGUCCAACGUGCGCCUGGCGGUGGAGGUGCGCAUCAGCCGGGGCCUGCGCGAAAAGCUGGCGGAGCCCGGGGCGCUCUCGGGGAAACGCCGCGGAGGCCGCAUCCCGACGAUGGGCUGUCUGGACCCGCAUGGAGAGGAUAUAAGGAAGACAUGGAGACGAUUUGAUGUCCCAACACGCAAGGCAUGUAACUCAGAGGAAGAUCUCCCUGAAGACUACCCAGUGGUCAAAAACAUGCUUCAUAGACUGACAGCUGACUUGACCCUGGACCCCCGCACCGCACACCGGCGCCUGCUUGUCUCCACCGACCGCCGAGGCGUGAGCCUGGCCCCACCGGGCGUGCCCGCGCCCCUGGACGGCCCGGCGCGCUUCGACCAUCUCCCGGCCGUGCUGGGCGCUCAGGGCUUCGCGGCCGGCCGCCACUGCUGGGAGGUGGAAACCGCCGAGGCUGCCUCGGGUGGGGACUCCGCGGGCGAGGACGAGGACGCCGGGGAGAGCCGCUACGCCGUGGGCGCGGCCGGGGAGUCCGUGCCGCGCAAGGGUCUCGUCCGGCUGUGCCCCGCCGAGGCCGUGUGGGCGGUGGAGGGCCGCGGCGGGCGCCUGUGGGCGCUCACAGCCCCCGAGCCCACCUUGCUGAGCGGCGCCGGGCCCCCGCCGCGGCGCAUCCGCGUGGACUUGGACUGGGAGCGGGGCCGCGUGGCCUUCUACGACGGACGCUCGCUGGACCUGCUCUUCGCCUUCCAGGCGCCCGGCCCGCUGGGGGAGCGCGUCUUCCCGCUGCUCUGCACAUCGGACCCACGCGCCCCGCUGCGCUUCGUGCCUGGGGAAGGCUGAGGGUCUUACCGCCAGCACCUAUCCCAGCUUCACCGGGCCACCUCGGGGCUGCUUAUCUGGGGUGCGGAAGUUCCCACCCUUCCAGCGACCAUGUUCAUACACCUAUUACAGGAGUGGUACUAAGCACUUCUCACUGAAAACAAGAACUCAGAUGGCUUGUAGGCCUCCACAUCCAAGUCCAAAGUCCAGUCCAUUUUGGUUUCACCCUCCCUCCACCCCAGCCUUCCCAGUACUCCCUUUUCUAGACCUCUCCUGUCCUAGAUUGGGACGAGGUCUCUGUGCCAUCCAUCCAGGCACACAGUAUGUGUUCGCUGCAGGGCCCAGGCUUGCUGCUUCUGUUCACUCUCAGGACUCCUCUCAAGAGAAACGAGCAUGUUUCAAGAGGUGGAACUUGUGACCUAAGCCCCAGGAAUAUCUAGAAAACCUAACAAAUAUCCCUUUGGGUUUAUGUGCAAGCCGCUCCUCACCUUAUGAUCACAGCCUUUCUUCUAACUUUAAAACUUCCCCUUGUGAGCCAGGUGUGGUGGCUCACACCUUUCAUCCCAGCACUAGGGAGGUAGAGGCAGGAGGACCACUGAGAGUUCAAGGCCAGCCUGGGACUGCAGAAUGAGUUCCAGGUCAGCUUGGGUAAGAGUGAGACCCUACCUUGAAAAAACAAAAAAUAAUUUCCUCUUGCACAUAAAUCAAUCAAUUGGUGCUACCCCCCUUCUCAACCUGGGAGCCACCCAGACAUCCUUGUACAUAAUCUCACAUUGUCCCCAUGUGUAUAAAUAGACCCAUAUUUAAUAAUUUGUGAUGUUGGGUUAUUUAUUUUGUGCAUUUGUGGCAAUAAAUGAGAUCUCCAUGGUG